AUGACCGAUGUCACGCCCCGCCCAAGAUUAUCGAUACCUCAUAUAUUGUGUAUCGUCUGUGUUCUUAUUUCUAUUGCUCCUUCAUACGCCGACGAUAUCGAUUCUAACCGGAUCGCAGACGAGAGCGAUAAAAACGUCGACUACGAGUACCACUACCUCGACGAUGACGACGACACCGACGAGGCGUACCAGAAGUGGAUGGAACAGAAUAUGCUGGGCAAAGGUCAGAAGAUCGACGAGGACGAGCCCCAUUGGACGAGACCGAAGCCGACCCAGCCGGCUCAACCAAACAACGAUACCGAAUACGAUACCACUUUUCUCGUCGCGACCGGUACUUCGGCCGAGACAUCAAGGUCAAGGCCAACCGGUGAGCCGGUCUUUAUUCAUCAAAUUGUUGAUAAUUCCACGGUCGUUCUCCGCGGUGACGGAGCGGAAAAUCUGCCGGAUGGAAGCCGGUGGAGCAGCCGUGCGCCGGCUUACGCCCCGGGCAGCCGACCAGACCCAGGGGACAUCAAUCAACCAGGGGCCGCUACUCCACAGUCAGACCCGACCCUCGGGGUUAAUGGCUUCACUGUGACCCCUGACCCCCCGGCACUGACCGCUGACGUCACUUCCAGGAACCAGAGCAUGAUGGGAGAGAUCCGGCGCCAGGUUGAAAGCGACAAGCCGGUGAUUUACAUUGCCGGUCUGUUCCCGUGGUCCGAGGAUAUCCCAGCGGGCUCGGUGGGCCGCGGCGUGCUGCCCGCCGUCAACAUCGCCCUGCAACACAUCAACAACGACACGCGGCUCAGGCGGAAGUACACACUCAAGAUGGCGUACAACGACACACGGUGUGACAUGGCAGUGGCGACACGAGCGUUUUUUGACAUGAUGGCUGACAGCCGGACCGUGACGGCCAUGUUGUUUGGUGACGCAUGCUACAACGUCACAGGGCCCAUCGUCCAAAUAGCGCAUCAGUGGAACAUGUUCCAGCUGUCCUACGCCGACACGAACCCCAUGCUGUCGGACAGGGAUGAGUUCCCCAACUUCUACCGGACGGUGCCCAGCGACAGUGACUUCAACCCCGCCCGUCUGGCACUGUUACGUCACUUCAACUGGACGACGGUCGGCACGCUCUUCCAGGACGCCAAACUGGGCGAGGCUAGGCAUGGCUACGCCUCCAACAGAUUCGACAGCUUGGUGGAGAAACACAAGAUCAACAUCUCAUUGGUGGAAAGUUUUGCAGACGAUCCAAAAACGGCCAUCAAAAAUUUAAAGGACCAGGAUGUACGUAUCAUCGUUGGAAACUUUGACCAGAACGCGGCGAGGAAAGUUUUCUGCAGCGCCUACAAACACUCUAUGUACGGCGUCAAGCACCAGUGGAUCAUCCUGGGCACCUAUGACGUCGACUGGUGGCAGGUGCCUGACCCCUCCAUCACCUGCACGCCUGCCGAGCUCAACGAGACCCUGCACGGGUACCUGGCCACUGACGUACUUCCGCUCAGUACCAGCAAUGACGUCACGGAGUCUGGGAGAACAUCGUCAGAGUACCAGCAGCUGUACGACGAAGCCCGGGGGUCGGAGUACAGCAAGUACCACGGCUACGCCUAUGACGGCGUCUGGGUCAUCGCCAAGGCGUUGGACCGUCUCCUGGAGGACACGCCCCUGUCCGCUGACCUCUUCCGGGGUCAUGCGGUGGGGAGGGUGCUCAACGAUACAGGGUUCAUGGGGGUCACGGGUAGAGUCCAGUUUACAAAUGGCGACCGUGUGGGCAGCAUGACCAUCCUGCAGAUGAUGCACGGCAAGCCCCCCGUGGACAGGAGUAUCAAGAUAGAGGAGCUGCGUCACGUCUCCUUCCCCGUGUACAUCGGCUUCGUUGUCAUGGCAGCGCUUGGCAUCACAAUGGCCGUCCUCUUUCUGGCACUCAAUAUACGGUUUCGACGUCACAGGUACAUCAAGAUGUCCAGUCCCAACAUGAACAAUCUGAUCAUCAUCGGCUGCAUCUUGUGCUACAUGUCAAUCUUCCUGCUGGGGGCGGAGCCAGGUCACAAUAACAGAACACUCUUCAGCUAUUGGUGCAUUGCGAGGUCUUGGACUCUGGCACUGGGCUUUACGCUGUCGUUUGGUGCCAUGUUCGGCAAGACUUGGCGCGUCCACGCCAUCUUCACCAACAUCAAACUCAACAAGAAGGUGAUCAAAGACUACAAGCUGAUGCUGAUUGUCCUGGUCCUGGUCCUGCUGGACGCCGUCAUCCUGGUCACGUGGCAGGUCGUUGACCCCGUGGACAAGGCCGUAAAGAGAUUGUCGCCAGAGGCUCAAGCAGACUUUGAGAUCAUCCCAAAGAUCGACUACUGCACCAGCAGCUUCAUGGAGAUCUGGCUCGGCGCCCUCUACGCCUACAAAGGUCUUUUACUGGCGUUCGGGGUGUUCCUGGCCUGGGAGACGCGUCACGUGACAAUCCCGGCCCUGAACGACUCCAAGUAUAUCGGGAUGUCCGUGUACAACGUGGUCAUCAUGUGUGUGUGUGGGGCGGCCGUCUCCUUCAUCAUUGAGGACAAGCCGACCCAAAGCUUCAUCAUCAUCGGCCUCUUCAUCAUCUUUUGUACCACCAUCACACUGUGCCUUGUCUUCGUGCCUAAGAUAAUUCAGUUAAAAAGAAACCCAAAGGGAGACGAGCAGCGAGUGAGGGCGACACUGAACCGAUCCAACAAGAAAUCUAGCAAGUCAGAGUCGCUGCAUAAGGAGAAGAUACGGACAACAGUGGAAGAGAACAGGAGGUUGAGGGGCUUUCUCGAACAGGUGGGUGGGGAGAGGGGAGGAGGUUGA